AUGCCGAGCCCCGGCGCGAAGAUCCUGCGCGGCAUCCUCGGCGUCGCCCUCAGGGGCGCGGCCGAGCGCGGGCCGCUGUCGCGCGAGCUCGGGAGCGAGCUCCGCGCGGCGUCGGAAGCGCUGCUGUCGAGCGGCGUGACGCGACGGCCGCGACGCGACGACGACGACGCGAGAGCCCCGGGGCCCACGGGGAGAUUCGCCGACGCGAUCGCGCGCGCGUCGUCGUCGUCGUCGUCGUCGUCGUCGUCGUCGUCGCCCGCGGCGACGCCGUUCCGUCCGCCGCCGGGGGCGACGCGAGGCGCCGCCGCCGCAGCGGGCGACGCGAGCGAAGAUCCCGACGCCGACGAACCGUCGACGUCGACGUCGACCGCCGCGUCGCCGCCGCCGCCGCCGCCGCCGCCGAAGCCGCCGAAGCCCUCCUCCUCCCCCGCGCCGCCGUCCGCGCCGCCGCCGCCGCGCAGAGAGGUCGCGGUGCCGUCGUCGCAGAUCGGACGCGUCGUCGGGUUCGCGCAGCUCGGCCUCGGCCUCGCCGCGGGGUCCGUCGCGGAGACCGCGCGCCGCGCGUGGAAGGGCGGAGACGGCGGAAAGAAGAAGAAGAAGAAGGCGCGCGACGGCGAAGAGGAAGAGGAGGAGGAGGAGGAGCCGGAGUACCUCGUCGGCGGCGGGAGUGGCGGCGCGUCCGCGUCCGUGUUCCUCACCGAAUCCAACGCAGAGCGACUCGCCGCGGGCCUGUCUCGCAUGCGCGGCGCCGCGCUCAAACUCGGGCAGAUGCUCUCGAUCCAGGACGACGCGGUGAUCCCGCCCGCGAUCGCGAAGGCGCUCGAGCGCGUGCGGCAGGGCGCGGACAUCAUGCCGCCGAAGCAGUUGGAGGCGGCGAUGCGCGAGCACCUCGGCGAGGGGUGGCGGGAGAAGAUGGUCUCGUUCGACCCGUCGCCGCUCGCGGCGGCGAGCAUCGGGCAAGUGCACCGAGCGACGUACCUCGACGACGAAGACGGCAGCGAGACGCGAGGGCAGACCCUGGACGUGUGCCUCAAGAUUCAGUACCCCGGCGUCGCGCGGUCGAUACACUCGGACAUCGACAAUCUCAUGACGCUCGUGUCGUUCACGGAUCUGUUGCCGCGCGGGCUGUACGUAGAACACGCCGCCGCGGUGGCUAAGGAGGAGCUCACGUUGGAGUGCGACUACGAGCACGAGGCGCGGGCGCAGGAGAAGAUGCGAGAGCUGCUGAGGGACGACCCGGCGUGGACGGUGCCGAGGGUGAUCCGGCCGCUCAGUGGGAAGGGCGUCCUCGCGACGACGUUCGCCAAGGGCAAAGCCAUCGACGACGCGAAGGACUUGCCGCAGGACGAACGCGAUCGCGUCGGCGCGGAGUUACUCCGGAUCACGCUGCGCGAGCUGUUCGAAUUUCGCUUCAUGCAGACGGACCCAAACUUCGCCAACUUUCUCUACGACUCCCCGUCCAAGCAGCUGACGCUCAUCGACUUCGGCGCGGCUAAGUCGUACGCGAAGCCGUUCGUGGACGACUACCUGCGGAUGGUCGUCGCGUGCGCCGAGCGCGACCGCGCCGGCGUCGUGGACGCGUCCGUCGCGCUCGGCUUUCUGAGCGGCGAGGAACCGGAGGUUCUGAUCGACGCGCACGUCGAGGCCGGGUUCCAGGUCGGGACGCCGUUCGCGACCGAGGGCGCGCACGACUUCGCGACGAACCGUGCGAUGACGCGGAAGGUGGCGGGUCUGGGGAAGGUGAUGCUGAAGCAUCGGCUGAAGGCACCGCCCGAGGAGGCGUACUCGUUGCACCGGAAGCUGUCCGGGUGUUUUCUCGCGUGCAUGCGGUUGGGCGCGAGGGUGGACGCGAGGAGGAUGCUCAGGGAGACGUACGAGGGGUACGACUUCGGACCGGGCGUGGGCGGAGGGGAGGAGGGAGAGAGGGGUGACGCCGUCGAGCCCGGGCUGGCGGCCGCGGCGGCGUGA